AUGCAACAACAACCAAAGUGCUUCUUCAUUCAUUACUCUGGUAAAGACAGUUAUGCCGUGCUCCAUAGACCCACAGGGAAGAGAACUCACUGCUGCUCUGACUGUGGGAAGAGAUUCACUUCAUCAGGCAUUAAAAUUCAUCAGAGAACACACACAGGAGAGAAACCUUAUAGCUGUGGUCAAUGUGGGAAGAGUUUUUCUGCCUCUAGCACUCUGACUGUACACCAGAGAACACACACAGGAGAGAAACCUUUUAGCUGUGGUCAAUGUAGGAAGAGUUUUACUACAUCCAGCACUCUGACUGAACACCAGAGAAUACACACAGGAGAGAAACCUUAUAGUUGUGGUCAAUGUGGGAAGUGUUUUACUUCAUCUGGCUCUCUGACUCAACACCAGAGAACACACACAGGAAAUAAACCUUAUAGCUGUGAUCAAUGUGGGAAGAGUUUUGGUGGAUCUGGAGAGCUGACAGUGCACCAGAGAACACACACAGGAGAGAAACCUUAUAGCUGUGGUCAAUGUGGGAAGAGUUUUACUACAUCUGGCCAUCUGACUCGACACCAGAGAAUUCACACAGGAGAGAAACCUUAUAUCUGUGGUGAGUGUGGGAAGAGUUUCAGUACAUCUAGCACUCUGACUGUACACCAUAGAACACACACAGGAGAGAAACCUUUUAGCUGUGGUCAAUGUAGGAAGAGUUUUUCUUCAUCUAGCUCUCUGACUGAACACCAGAGAAUACACACAGGAGAGAAACCUUAUAGCUGUGGUCAAUGUGGGACGUGUUUUACUACAUCUGGCUCUCUGACUCAACACCAGAGAAUACACACAGGAGAGAAACCUUAUAGCUGUAAUCAAUGUGGGAAGGGUUUUAUUCGAUCUGUCCACCUGACUCAACACCAGAGAACACACACAGGAGAGAAACCUUAUAGCUGUAAUCAAUGUGGGAAGGGUUUUGGUCAAUCUGGAGAGCUGACAGUGCACCAGAGAAAACACACAGGAGAGAAACCUUAUAGCUGUGGUCAAUGUGGGAAGAGAUUUGCUUCAUCUGGCUCUCUGACUCUUCACCAGAGAACACACACAGGAUUGAAAUCUCAUAGCUGUGACCAGAGAUAAUCUGAUAAAUGAUCUCUGAUCAAAUAUUAGAAAAUACAUACAUGAAGUAGUUGUUUCAUGAUUUCAACGAAUUAAUGUCACAAUGUAGAAUAUUUUAACAUUGUUUUAGGGUUAUUUUAAUAGUCUCAAUGUAGAAGCCUAAACGUUUGCCCCCUUAUCAAUUGAUUUCAACAUAAUUUGGAUAUUAGCCUCAGGGGAAAAAUCCAGGCUCUGAAAUGGAAGAGAUUGAUUGGUGUCACCUCGUUAGUCAGUAUGUGUUACACCUGUGCUGGCUUGUCCAUCUCAUUAGUAGGAA